CAUCUUCUUUGUUUUACCGUUCAUGGAUCUCGCCUCCACGCACAAUCAAUUAUUCCCCACUCCUCUCGACUCUUUAAUCCCAUCUUAAUGGGUUCUUUUCGCUUUCUCCAUACGAGAUUCUAUAUAAAGGUCUCUCUCUCUCGAUAUUUUGUUUACCACAAAUUCUUAAAUCCUCUUGAUUAAAACUACGAUGAAGUUAUCCAGUGUAUCUGAGUCAGUGAAAACGAACGGCGCUGCGGCGGUCCCCUCGGCUCCGGUCGAACCCGCACUCCAAAUCGGUGUCUCUUCCGGCGAUGUGAACUCGGUGAAACCAAAAGACGAGACAGCUGCCUCCUCCGGUCCGGUUAAACCAGUCGUCCUAACCGGUGUCUCCUCCGGUGAUGUCAACCGGUGUCUCUUCCGGGAGUUGAUUUGGUACAAAAAGGGAUUGGUCAAAUGGUUGGAGGAGGAGGGCGGUUUCUCCAACAGCCUUUCAGGAGGAAACUUCAUUACAAACCACUGGAUGACGGUGGAGGACUCAAGGAAGCUUCUGCCUGCUGAAAUUUAUCCUUCCUGGGUCGUUUUCUCCGAGCGUCAGAAGUUGACUUGGCUGAACCAUCACUUGACAAAGAUCUGGCCUUAUGUUGAUGAGGCAGCUUCGGAGCUUAUAAGAGCAUCCGUGGAGCUGAUUCUCGAGCAAUAUAGAUCUGCCGUUGUGGCCUCCUUGACAUUUUCUAAGCUUACUCUCGGUACCGUGGCACCCCAAUUUACAGGUGUUUCCAUUGUCGAAGAUGAUGAAAAUGGGAUGACCAUGGAACUUGAUAUGAAUUGGGACGGAAAUCCUAAUAUAGUACUUGGCAUCAAGACCUUAGAGACAAUUGAGGAAGUUCAAAGACUGGCUUAUGUAACUUUCGGUGGUUGGUUUGAUAAUAUGAGCAGUAUCCGUCGUGGUAACCAGGUUUAUCAGCAACUUUGUGCCUCUUGCCACUCCAUGUCUUUCAUCUCAUACCGUGAUUUGGUGGGUGUUGCUUACACAGAGGAAGAGACAGAGACAAUGGCUGCUGAGAUCGAGGUUGUUGAUAGACCAAAUGAUGAAGGUGAGAUGUUCACCCGACCUGUUAAACUCAGUGACCGCCUUCCUCAACCAUACUCCAAUGAGUCAGCCGCAAGGUUCGCCAAUGGAUGAGCGUAUCCACCUGACCUAAGCUUAUGAUAAAGGCACGUCACAAUGGUCAAAACGACGUCUUUGCUCUUUUGACUCAAAUUGUAAGUGUUUAAAAAAUGGACCUGUGACAAUGAAACAGAUCAGAGAAGGGUUACACUACAAUCCUUAUUUCCCUGGUGGAGCAUAUGCCAAAGAUGCUCAAUAUAAAGAUGGGUCUCCUGCAACGGAAGCUCAGCGUUUCAACACCAUAUAAGCUCCAUUUGUUGAAGGGAAAGAUGGCCAAGCAUCUGCUUCCGUCUAUGCCAGCAACACGGCUAGAGCUGGUGGCAAAGAAGGUGGAUGCAAACGCCCCCGUGAGUGAGAGUUUUUAAGCUGUCACAAGCCGUCAACCCCACAUAGUUUUCACCAUUUUACAAUUUCCUAAUUUGUUUUGCUUGAAGCAUUUCAGACUUUGCAAUGUUUUUAAUUAUUUAUUUAUUCUUAUCACCUAUAUACUGAAAGAGGUUAUUAACAUGUAAAUAUUCAAUAAUAUAUGAGUUAAAAUACAAAAUAAUUUAUAUA